AUGCUUACAUCAGAUCAGAUGGUCCAGAAGGUAUCUCAAGAAGCUGCAAUAUUCUCUAACCUGGAUCCUGCCACGGUGUACGCCUUUUCAAUUCGCACUGAAAAAGAAGGUUUUAAAGACAGCUCUCCCUACAUAAAAGAAAUACAGACAGCCCCAAGUGCGGCUGAAUUUGUGAAUCAUAGUAGGAAUUCAAAUGCAGUAACCAUUAGUUGGCCUUCAGCCAGAAGUCUUCUGGAUGGAUAUAUUAUUUCAAUAUCCAGUGAAAGCUUAAUGAAAGAAGAAAUCCUGCCUUCCACAAAAAGGACAUUCACAUUUAACAGACUUUCUCCGGGGACUGAUUUUUUAAUCAGCAUUAUAGCUACUAAGGGACUAAAGAGAAGCCACCCUACUGUCCUCAUGGUUAGCACUUAUCCAGACCCACCGUCAGAUUUACUGAUUUUGGGGCAAGAAGAAAACACAAUAUAUUUGUCUUGGAAACUCCCACAGGGUGGUUUUGAGAAGUUUCAGAUAUCCUAUUGUAUGACAUCUAGAAGGGAAAAACUAUUCCAAGUAAUUGUAUAUACCAACAAAGCCAAAGUCAAGAAUCUGACUCCAGGUGUGGACUACGUGUUCCACGUGAAGACGGUUAGAGGCAAAGAUUACAGUGUAUCUGUAAUGAAAAACGUGGCUACAAAGCUGAGCGUGUAA